AUGGCCGCCGGCAAGGGCUGGCACGACAGAGUUCGCGUGAACUGGUUGUUUUCUACGGCUGACCUCAUUUCGAGGCGCACCAUGGCCUACGACAUCCAGCAGUCCGACGCUGCCUGGGCGAGCUGGCUGUGCGACGGCCCCUGCAAGAGCCUGGGCAGGCACCACCGCCUGUCGCGAGUUGCCUCGGGCUGGGUCCCAAGCCCAAUCUCGAAUGGCGAGCCCGAUGAGGAUGCUCUCAGCGACGCAACCGACGACGACUGCGUUUCCCAGCGUGAGUUUGAUGCUUGCGAGGCCUGCUGCUCGCCGCGCCCUCUAUCGUUGCAGGCCGAGGUGGACGCCGAGGCACGCAAGUGGAGCACUGAAUGGGCCUGUGAUGGGCCGCCUGGUGACAUCCAAUGGCCAAGCGAUUGGAAAGAUCGGGCCCCGUUGCCACAGCUUGCGGCCGCUGCGCUGCAGACGGCCGCCCGGCCCGAUGGGGGCCGCCGCCUGAUUGGCCUGCUGCCCAGCGUCAUUCGGUGGUGGAUGCGCGCCAGGCUGGACGUGGUGCGGGCGUGGCGGCCCCCCCACGAUCGCCCUUUCUUUUACGCUGGCCUCUGGAGGGGCGCAGAGGUGGACGCGUGGAAGCAGGCCGCCAGGGCGGAGCCGGCGCACUGUCUAUAUUUUCUCAGCCACGCCAAUGCGAUGCUCGACGCGGCGAAGGCCUUCGAGCGGGUCUCCCACCACUGGCUUGCGAAGCAGGGCGCGCGGCACAGCUACCCCACGGCCGUCCUCAGGCUCAGCAACGCCGCAUACCGCCUCGCCCGGUGCAUCACUAUUGGUGGCGUCUGUUCGGUGCUGCUGCUGGCCACGGGCGGGAUCGCAACCGGGGCCGUGCGCGCCACCAUCGAGCUCCGGCUUCUCCUCGUCGAGUGGUUAGACGAGACGGUUGCGCUGCAUCGGUGCAUCGUGAUCACGGUCUACGUCGACGACACGUCUUUCGAUGCAUCCGGCUCGGACUGGAUGGUCUGCGACACCGUGGUUGGUACCGUGAGGCACUUCACCGAACGCAUCGUGGAAAUUGGCAUGGAGGUCAGUCCCAGGAAGAACAUGGUGCUCGCCUCGCGCCAGGAGUUGGCCUACCGCAUUGUGGACCAGCUGCCUGGGCUGAGGCUGAAGGUCGUGGACAACGCCAAGUCGCUCGGGGGCGCCGCUUGCUUCGGGCGUGUCCGGCACGCCGCUCUACUGGCGACGCGGCUCUGGGCAUUCAAGGUGCGGGAGCCUCAGUUCCAAAAGCUGCGCCGCUGUGGCACUGCGGCCCUCGUGCACGGGCAGGCCAACGCGGGCGUCUCCAACACCAUGCUCCAGUCCCGGAGCGUUGCAGUCGCUGCUGCCUCAGUGCCCGGCGGCGGCGGCGAGCUGGACAUCGCCUUGAUCCUCGCCGACGGCGGCAUGGGCGGCGAGGCAGACCUGGCGUUCGCCGCUCACGAGGCCUCCAUCGCCAACUGGGCCGAGGCUGCGUGGGAAGGGCACGGACUCUUCGUGCAGGAUAUCUUCAAGCAUCUCAACGGGAGAGAUGGCGACAACUGGGGCGCCUCUGAAAAGAGCGCCUCGCGGUCAAUCUUCGCGAACCGGCAGUGGCCACAAGCGAGGUCGUGCGUGCGCGCGGGGUUGUGCGACCCGCAGGCCGAUGAUCCGAGGUUCACUGGACAUCUGGCGCAGCGCGUCCUCGCGCGUCCGGCCACGGAGCCCCGCCGGCAGAAAACGGCCCCCGCGUGGAUUCAAGAGCUGCCCCGCCAGCACACGGACCCCGAGGGCACACUGGCGCUGAGCCCUGCUGACCUAGCCAUGCUCACACGAGGCAUCGCACCGUAUCCUGCCUCUGCCCUGGACCCGCCGCCCGAGCAGGAGUCCUUCGAAUGGGUGGUCCGGCCAGGCCCACUGGCUGCGCAGGUCGACGCGUACGUUGAAGGCUCCAGGCUGGACGGGGAGGCUGACCUCCACGACCUGUGCGCCCGCCAAGGUUGGGCAAUAGCUGCGUGCGACGGCAACGGCGAACUCGUGGCGGCGGCGCAUGGCCGUACCCCGCCGUGGGCAGUCGGCAUUCAAGCCACGGAGAUGUGGGGCUUGCUCAUGGCUGUCCAGUCGUUUGACCCCGCUUCCUCCUUGAAGGUGGAUUGUUCCGCUGUGCAGCUCGGAACGAAGCGGGGCGCGCGCUGGGCCACCGCCCCCUGCCGAACCCUGGCCAGAGCGUGGGGGCCGAUCUCGGCGGCUCUUGAGUCCGACCCAGACCGGGUGGCGUGGCUGCCAGCGAACCGGUGCCCUCUCGACACCCUGACGCCACUGGACCCCGGGGCCAACCGGCAGUACGUCAGGGACUCCGAGGCGGAGCGGCCGCGACGCACGCGCGGCUGCAAGCGCAAGGCCGCGCCUGCGGGCGACGCCUGCGAGCUCGGCGACGAGGCGGCGAAGGCCUGCCCGCCGCCCGCCGCGCCGAGCGCCGCCUGGGACUCGGCUGGCGGCGCGCUCGGCAGGCCGGCAGCCGCCGCGGCGCCUGCGGCUACGGUCUGGCGCAAGGAAAGGGCCAAGAAGAAGAAAAAGGCCAACGAGGCCGCCCCCGCGGCCGACCCCAUGGCCGCCUUGCGGGCCCGGAUUGCCGCGAAGGAGGAGAGCGCCGAAGCGGCGGCACCCUCGCCAGGGUGCCACACCUGA